CCGACCAUGUCGUUUCCAGUCCGUUUAUCUAUUCUGUGAUUAUAUCUUAGUCCGUGGUUGUUUACUGGUUAAUGUUUAUCGCCAUGCUGGCGAUUGGGCAAGGUGUGUUGAUACCCCUUGGGAUGGGGACAGUUUUGGGUCCCGUCAUAGAAAGCGGUCACGCUCCCAAAUGCCAAAGUCUCUACCGUUUCGGAUUUUCAGUUUCUAAUAUCCUCGAGGCUCAUUUCUCAUUAGUCAAGAGUCAUUACUCAUUAGGCAACAUAACGACAAUACACGUUAUGAUCUGCCGAUCAGUGUAACAAGACGCCAUGACCCACUGCUUCUAUCAGGAAUCUUGAAUUUCGUUUUCAUAACAAAACAAACCAUUUCUGAAACGCUGGAUAACUGCAUUGGGAAUAUGUUGGAAUAUGUACAGUUAAUAUAAUUUAUCAAUCAACACUUAUCAUUACCAAAUUUAUGUUCCUAAUCAAUCGAUUACUAUUGAUAUUGAUUAAGACCAAACAGUUAAUUAUCCCUGUAAAACGAAUACUUAUAAAUAUCCCUAUCAAAGAAAUAUGCGGGGAAAUAAUAUUUCAGUAAAAAAAAACCUAACUUUAGGAUCAAAUGUGUGGGUCAACACGCAUUUUAAAAAUAAAGUUCAGUACAGACAUAUCAUUACUGAAAAAUUUCACAAAAAGUUGAAACUGCUUCAACAAUCAAAUAAUGAACUAGUUUCAAGAAUUAAUAUUAUGGCGACUAACGCACGGGACUGGCAAGAUGUUAAUUUUAAAUAUUUAGCACUUCAAGAAAAAGUUAUUGAAACAGAAACACAGUUAUUGUUAAAUGGUAUAGAUACAUCAGAAUAUUCAGCAUUUUAUGAAGAACCUGUUGUUAAAGAAGCUGUUGUUGAAGAAGCUGUUGUUAAAGAAGCUGUUGUUAAAGAAGAUAGAGAUUCAGACGUUGAAAUUAUUGAUGACCUUAAAUGUGAAUUAUUGUUAAAAUGCGAAAUGAAUCCAGAAAAUUGUAUUCCAAUAGAUGGACAAGAUUUUAUAGAUACAUCAGAAUGUUCAGCAUUUUAUGAAGAACCUGUUGUUAAAGAAGCUGUUGUUAAAGAAGAUAGAGAUUCAGACGUUGAAAUUAUUGAUGACCUUGAAUGUGAAUUAUUUUUAAAAUGCGAAAUGAAUCCAGAAAAUUGUAUUCCAAUAGAUGGACAAGAUUUUAUAGAUACAUCAGAAUGUUCAGCAUUUUAUGAAGAACCUGUUGUUAAAGAAGCUGUUGUUAAAGAAGAUAGAGAUUCAGACGUUGAAAUUAUUGAUGACCUUAAAUGUGAAUUUUAUUUAAAAUGCGAAAUGAAUCCAGAAAAUUGUAUUCCAAUAGAUGGACAAGAUUUUGAUAAUACGGCUAUCUGUUUUACCAAAGAUCAAUUACUUGAUGGAAAUUAUGAAUGUUCUGAUGAUGAGUCAAGUUAACCUUAAAAAAUAUCAUUAAGUAACUACAGGGUGAUUCAUAAAGCGUAAAACACUCAUUAUCUCAAAAAGUAUUAAUGAUUUAAAAAUAUUUUUUAUCUAUUUAAUUUUUUAAGUUUUUACAUUUUUGAAUGACAGCAUAGAGUUUUUAAUUCAUAUUCCAAAGCAGAUUAUUUUUCUAAGUAUUUUGAUACAUAAAAAUCUAAUUUAGGCCAAGUAGUCUAUGAGGUAUAAGCAUUUAAAGUUUAGAUGGGCGGAGUGGAGUGAUAUGGGUUACCCCACAAAUUUGUGUCCACUACUCCGCUUGUCUAAACCUUAAAUACUUAUAACUCAUAAACUACUGGUCCUAAAUUCGAUAUUUAUGUAUUAAAAUACUUAGAAAAAUAUUCUGCUUUGGAAAAUGAAAUUAAAACUAUGCAAUCAUUCAAAAAAGUAAAAAACUUAAAAAAUUAUAAGGAUAAAAAAUAUUUAAAAAUAUAAUUUUUUAAUAAAAAUGUUGUUUUUUUAACAACUUAAAACUAUGUAAACAAUUAUUUUCAUAAACAUUAAUACUUUUUGAGAUAAUGAGUAUUUUACGCUUAAUAAAUCACCCUCUAUAGAUGAUAUAAAUUAUAAUAUACAGUGUGAUUCCUUUUAUUUAUCACCAAAAUUCCUACUAUGAUUUGUAAUAGUUUAAGAUAUUAAAAAUAAUACCUUCGUGGGUAUUUGAUCUUUUAAUAUAUUGGUUUUAUGCUUAAUUUAUAAAAAAUAUAAUUUUUUUUUUUGUAAUUAUAUUGUAAUAAUUAUAGCGGCCCGGCCGGCCCAUCGGGAAGAUUCCCGAUUUCCCGAUAGGCCAAUACCGCCCCUGUGACUAUAACUACCUGUUCUAUAAGGGUAAUAAAAAUAAAAAGCUGUUCGUUGGACACCACACAACCGGUUGGUUGGCAGAACGGUUUGUCCGGUUUAGCUGAUUUUCUUUCAAUCUUCUCAUAAUAUUCCAAAUGAGGUUUUUAUGGUUUUUUUUUUGGCGAAAAAAGAACGUUUCUUUUUUUUAUGUAAAGGGAUGUCUUUAGUUAUACCAUAUUAUUAUGUCGCACUGUGAGUACAUUGGUAUAGUAACCAAAAAAAUGACGAUUUUGAGUUAUACAUGUUUUCUUAUGGUAAAAAUAGCAUUCUUUGCAAUGCACUAGUGUAUUAUGUCGUACCGGCAAAAUUGAAAGCGUUAAACAAUAUAAUAUGGUGCAACGCCAAAGGAAAUAAAUAAAUUGAAUCCAUGCAGUAGUGUAUUAUUUUGAGUUGUUACCAUAAUGCACAAACGUAUGUUUAAAAAUACCGGUGCAUUGGUGUAUCAUCUCAAAAUAACAUAAUUAUUGAUAUAAAGAAUUAUAAAUACAACAUGAUAACAAUAUUGUAUUUUAUACAUCAUUCUAUAACGUAAAAACGUAUUAAUUUAUUACUAUAUACGCCUUGUUGCUGUCAUACUUUUUUUUUUAUAAAAUAUUACAUUGCGAGUUUGUUUCAAUUAAUAAUAAUGGCGUUUCAAUCUCGAACACAACGAAUGCUUUCUAUAACAAAAACAAGUAAAACUAACUAUACUCAGCAACUAAUUUCAGUCUCGAUGGGGUAAGUACCUAUAAUAAUAUUACUAGUUUUAUUUUUGCUCUCAUACAAUUAUUAAAACUGAAUUUUUUCAUAUGAAUUAAUAACUAUAUUUGUAUGUGUAUAAACCACAAUAUUACAUUAUUUAUACUUUUGUUUGAAUACAUUUAUUUAAAUACUUUACAAGACUGAUAAUGGCCUAUAUCAGUGGUGGUGAUCCACAGAUUCUCAAUUUUUUUACAUUACUUUUAUAAUUUGUAGUGACUAAUAUGUAUGUAAACUGUUUUGUACUAUAUAUACAUUGUUUAAUAUAUCAUACAAUUUAAAAAAAUGUAUAAAUACUGUUUUAUUUUACGGCUGUGUUACACAAAAAUCUUAUAAAAUAUUAAAUGUUAUAUACAUUAUUAUUUACUAUGUACUAAAAUAUUAUUACUUUUGGAGAUGUUAAUCACGGUCAGUGUAAAAAUAUAAAUUACACUUAGGUAAACGUGGUGAAGAAAAUUAUAUUAUUGAAUUAACCAAUGGCGUUAUACAGUUUAUAAUCCAUUGUUAAUUAUUCAAAUCAGUUUCGUAGCCAGAAAAUAUUUUGGGGGGCCACUUAAUUUUUUUUUCUAGCCUUUGAAAUGCUAUAAUAUCUAAUUAUGACCCAUGCUUUGUUCAUAAAGUGUAUCUACUCUUUUUAUUACUAUAUAUUUAUGUUAACAACUAUGGUACCUACAUUUAAUAUAACAAUGUAUUAAUAAUAUUAUUGUAAACCAUAGGUUAAUGUAUUAAUUAAUAUAAGCAUAUUAAUAUAUCAUCAUUAUAUGAAAAUGUGUUGUAAACAAAACAUUCCAUUUUUUGUUCGAAUAUUAUUAAAAUUUACUAACAAAAAUACAAGACUAUAUUCAGUGGUCAAAGUGGCUCAAAAUACAUGGAGGGAUGCCUUUCAUAUUUUAUACAGUUUUCAUAUAUGAAAUUAAUUAUAAUGAGUGAAAAAAGUGGAGGGAUGGAAAAUGUAAACUAUAAAAAGUGGAGGGAUGUCAUCCCACCGUAUCCAGGGGGCACUUCGACCACUGACUAUAUUAGGGCUGUUGAAAGUUGGUCGUUUUUUGUGGAUUUAGACCUAUAAGCGGAAAAAAAAAUAUACUUUCAGAAAUCCAAUUUGAAUUUUGAAAAAAUAUAAGUAUUUCUCCCCUUUAUGUCUGUGUUUUGUAAGAAGCAAAUUUUUUUUUGUUAAUACCGUUGAGUAUAGAUAAUAUAUAGUAUAUAUACUAUCUAUACUCAUUGGUAAUACUAAAAAAAUGUAAAAGUUAAUUUAAAAAAAAAAAGAAGAUUAAUUUGGUACUACACUAAUUAAACAAUACUACAAAGCACAAAUCAAAAAUCCAUUUCCUAUAUAACCUAGAAAAGAGAUUAAGGAAUUCAAAUAUGUUUUCAAAAUUAAAAUGGGGCUUUGGUACUGGGUGAAUUUUUCUUCCGCUUUUUGGGAGUUUUGUGGCACAUGGGAGUUGAACAUUUUUUUAUCACAAAAUAUAGUGACGUUACUGCGCGUAUGUAAGCGUAUGCGAGAUCCAAGAAUCUUAGCCGUCAUUUAUCUUUAAUUACAUAAAGUGUUCGUGGAACUCACACACACACUAAUGAUCAGUCAUUGCAUAGGGCAUAGGCCAUAGACAGUAUUUAUC